UGUGCAUGAUGGGAUUCCUCACUUGCGGCCAGCCACAUCAGAGCUUUGGUUUUACGGCCCGUAAUUUCCGGGCUAAAACCCUUGUAAUUGUCAAAUUUAAAUCCCCAAUGAUCGGUUUGGACAGUUGAAAGGUGACGCUUAAAGUCUGCCAUCAUGUCUUUGUCGGCGGUUUUCUUCCUGGAUGUGAAGGGAAAGGUGCUAAUUUCCCGAAACUACCGUGGAGAUGUGGACAUGUCCUCCGUGGAUAAGUUCAUGAUGCUGAUUCUGGACACAGAAGAGGAAGGUCAAGUCUCGCCCAUCAUAACACAUGGGGCCGUCACGUUCAUGUACAUCAAGUACAACAAUCUCUACUUGGUGGCCUGUUCCAAGAAGAAUGCAAAUGUAGCGCUCGUCUUCACGAUGCUCCACAAAAUCGUUGAGGUUCUGACCGAGUACUUCAAGGAAUUAGAAGAGGAAAGCAUCAGAGAUAACUUUGUCUUGAUCUACGAACUUCUGGACGAGUUGAUUGAUUUUGGCUACCCUCAGACAACAGACAGCAAGAUCUUACAAGAGUAUAUUACCCAAGUCGGACAGAAGCUGGAGAUUGCCCCCAAACCCCCGCCAGCCAUCACCAACGCCGUGUCGUGGAGGAGUGAAGGGGUCCGAUAUCGCAAGAAUGAGGUUUUCCUCGACGUCAUCGAAUCUGUUAAUCUUCUGGUGAAUUCUAAUGGUAACGUCCUGCGGAGUGAGAUUGUUGGCGCGGUCAAGAUGCGAGUGUUCCUGAGCGGUAUGCCAGAGUUGCGACUAGGACUGAACGACAAAGUGCUAUUUGAAAACACAGGCAGGGGCGGCAAAAGUAAAUCCGUGGAGCUGGAGGACGUAAAAUUUCAUCAGUGCGUCCGGUUGUCUCGCUUUGAGAACGACCGAACCAUCUCAUUCAUUCCCCCUGAUGGGGAGUUCGAACUCAUGUCCUAUCGGCUUAAUACUCACGUCAAGCCCCUGAUCUGGAUCGAGUCGGUCAUUGAGCGGCAUUCCCACUCUCGCGUAGAGUACAUGAUCAAGGCCAAGAGCCAGUUCAAACGUCGUUCCACGGCCAACAACGUCGAUAUUAUUAUCCCCGUGCCCAACGAUGCCGACUCGCCUAAAUUCAAGACCACCGUCGGCUACGCCAAGUAUCUGCCGGAGAGCAGCGCUGUGGUCUGGCACAUCAAAUCAUUCCCGGGUGGCAAGGAGUACCUCAUGAGGGCGCACUUCAAUCUCCCCAGCGUGGAGGCCGAGGAAGCAGAAGGUCGACCACCAAUCAGCGUCAAGUUUGAAAUUCCAUAUUUCACCACAUCUGGUAUCCAGGUUCGUUACUUGAAGAUCAUUGAGAAGAGUGGAUACCAGGCGUUGCCAUGGGUACGGUACAUCACACAGAACGGCGACUACCAAGUCAGAGUAUAGUGGAACCAGUGAAAAAUAAAGUUAAAAAAAAUUCCCGAAUAAAUUGUACUACAGGAACCGGGUACGAAGAGAUGUUUACCCACAAAAACCAAAUGAUCAUGUAUAUAAGAACUGUUAAAAAGUAACCAGUACAUAUUAUGUGUACAACUUAAUCCUUAUUUAAAUUUAUAUAGCAAUUCAAAUGCGGUAGAAUUUACUUUUGAAUUUACACCUUCGAUAUUGCACAGCGUUCCAAAGUGAAGUUUUGCAACGGACAGUACCCUAUUAUUGCACGUCGGGUUUUUUCUGAAUACUUCACGCUUGUUACUCAUUAUCAACCCUUUUGGAACUUUCCCUGAAAUCUCCAAAAUCAAGCUCUGUGCAGGAAACCAAUAAUAGUGUUCUUGUUUUUUUGUGUGUGUAUUU